AAUGUCCUUUUACCAAUGGUCACCAUCAACUCUUUUUCUCUGCUAAAAACUUGUCAUGUUAUGUUGUAUGGCUCUUACUGUUCAUAUUCUCUCUCCUCUUCUCUCUCUUAAUCUAACACUGAACAAACCCACUUCCCCCCACUGAACCACCACUGAUCAUUACUCAUUUCUCCCUUCUUUCUCCACUGUUCAUCUCUCACUCCUCUUUCCCCCCUCUCGUCUUCUUCUUCUUCCUCUUCUAAACCCAACAAAAACUCACCUCAUUCCCUCUUUAUCAUUGCAUUCCUCAUCAUUUCAUGCAAUUCCAACUUCUUGGGUUCACUUUUUUUUCCAUUUUUCUCAACUGGGUUUCUGUUCUUUUGCCUUAAAUCCUUCAAAAACCUAAUCUUUGAGCUUGUUUCUCUCUCUAAAACCCUAAAAAUCCAAUCUUUUUUUGCUCAUUUCCCUAAAUAUCUCUUGUUUUUUCUUCAAUCUUCUUGUCUUUCAUUUGGGUUUUCGUCUUUAAUGGAUUUGUUCUCAGAAUCAUCCUCAAAUCCCACUCCUUACGACACAACCAACACCGCCGCCGCCGCCGCCGCCGUUGUUACAGCAUGUCCUUCACCAUCUUCCUCCUCUUCCGCCACUGCCGCCGCCACACCUAGCCGCUACGAGAAUCAAAAACGGCGAGAUUGGAACACGUUUUGUCAGUACCUUCGCAACCAUCGUCCACCGUUGUCUCUACCUAUGUGCAGCGGCGCUCACGUGCUGGAAUUUCUCCGGUACUUGGAUCAGUUCGGGAAGACCAAAGUACAUAACCAAACCUGCCCGUUUUUUGGCCUUCCUAACCCACCUGCCCCUUGUCCCUGCCCGCUCCGGCAAGCUUGGGGCAGCCUUGAUGCACUCAUUGGUCGCCUCCGUGCUGCCUAUGAAGAGAACGGCGGCCGGCCGGAAUCUAACCCUUUUGGAGCUAGAGCUGUUAGGCUUUAUUUAAGGGAAGUUCGUGAUUUUCAGGCGAAAGCAAGAGGGGUUAGCUAUGAGAAGAAGAGAAAAAGGCCGAAGCAAAAGAUCGCAAAUUCAAAUCAAGACGGUGCAACUUGAGAACGAGAACGAGAUCAAGACGAACACACAAUCAAGAACAUUGAUAUAUUUUUCUAUAUGAAUUAUGUGCUAAGAGAAUUUGUAACCUAUCGCUUAUUUUUAUGUCCAAUUCGUAAUUGCGUUGAAGUGUAGAUUUGAACCUUCGACCUGUAUGAGCUACGCAUGGCUCGUGUUAGCUUUCUAUAAGGAUGAUCAUGUUUUUUGUUUUAAUCUUCAAGAUCACUUUGAAUUGAUACUAAA